GCACGACCACUUCUCCUCCCCGUCCUCCUCCUCUCCCACCCUCCUCGACUGAAAUCCAGUCAUGUCCUUCCUCACACAGCCCAUGUUUAGCAUACCAAGUGCAGGGAUGUGCACCGUCGUCUCCCUGUUCGGGACGAUCGUACUUGCGGUUUUCGCAUUCAUGUUCGACAAUAAUUACGAAGCAGUGAUGGGAAGCAAGAAGGACCCCGAGGAUGGACACGCUGUUGCACGAACGCUGUACAUCUCAGCGUUGGUGUACGCGUGCCUCGUCGUGUUCUGCGGUUGUCAGACGGGGUUGGGAGCAAGACGCAGUAGAGGAGCGAUCAGCAUAUGAGCGAGAGGGUGAUGUGCACAGAAGCCGUGGCAGGCGCGAGCUGGUGUAAAAGACGGCGUCGUUUUCACGUCUCACGCCUUGGAAUAAAGGAUGCAGGUUAUGUGCGAUGUAUCCCUACCAUGUACUUGGACUGUUGUUGCACUUGGCUGUCCAUCAGUGGUUGUCGACUGGGACUACACCUGUUGGUUUUGCGACCACUUCAUACAACAGUGUAGUAGUCGCAUGGAUUGAUAUUUCUAUGUUAUACGUGGAUUGACAGCAUGAAAUUCAGUGAGCGGACAGUAUCGAAACCAUACAGCAGAAACGAGCAGGAAUGAGGAGAGCAAACUUCGCUGGCACAUCCAGGCAACCGUCCAUCCACCUCACCAAUCGCCUCCAUCGCCUCCAUCACCCCAGUCACCUCCGUCUCCUCCAUCCCCACCAUCACCGUGAUCGCCCAUGUUGCCGAUCAUAUCGCCGAUGAGCAGACCGCCAACCAGUCCAGCACCACCAGCAAGGAGCGGGUUCAUCCCGCUCUUCUGCGGUUGUUGCGCCUGUUGUUGCGCCGGCUCCUGGACGAUGAUAGUCUGCGGCUGCUGGGGUGGUAGGUAGUACCCUUGUUGAGGAGGUCCGUAGUAUCCUCCAGGCGGGGGACCGUACUGUCCGGGAGGCGGUCCGUACUGACCAGGAGGAGGUCCGUACCCCCCGUACUGACCAGGUGGAGGCCCGUACUGCCCUUGAGGGGGUCCGUACCCCUGUCCCCCAUACCCCUGUCCCUGUCCAUACCCUCCCUGCCCGCCGUACUGCUGCUGUGGCGGGUAGUUAUCGUGGCGUGAGAAAAAGCCACGAUCGCCUUGCUGCUGGGGAGGUUGAUACCCCGGGCUCGUAGAACCGGGAGGAGGACCAGAGGGCGCACCGUAGGACGGAGGAGGGAUGUCGUCUGGGUGCUUCCAGGAGGGCUGGGGAGGGCUAGCACGGGUAUUGACGUAGAACCAAGUCUUGUAGUUGGCAUCGUAUUGGGAUACCCAGCCUGGAGGGAGGGGCCUAUUGUCCGGAUUCCCAGACGGUGGGGAGUUAUAACUCAUCCUCUUUUACUUGGAUUGGAUGGGUAUGUAGAAGAGAGAUAGAAUACGAAAUUGCAACCCUCUCUAGUCUUAUACCCCUCUGUUGCUGCCACUCGCUGUGACGGCAG